AUGUUGAAGAUGAACUUCAGCUUGAUGAUGUUCAUCAGUCUUACAGUCAUUACUGUUGGAGUUUUCACUUCCCCACUAAGCCAGGAUACUCAACCGACGACUAGCGCUCCCUACACCCCCGGCAACGCUCGUCGAGCGAGCGGUAAUCGAAUGGUCAGACGCAUGGUCCCCGGGCCUGGCGCGGGUCUCAAUGCGGCGACUGGUCUCGUUGGGGCUGCUCUCGGAGGACCCGGACCCCGACCCAUUGAUACUUUUGCCGCCGCCCCGUUCGAUGGCCCGCCUCCGGUUGGCGCAGUCGUGGUCCCCGGUGGCCCUGCCGGCAGCGUCGGAGGAGGAGCAGCUGGUAGCGCGACCGAUGUCAAUGCAGACGCUGCUGCUCACGCCAAGGCAAACGGUCCACAUGGAACAGGUUCAGCCGGCGCAAAAGGCACAGCUGAUGCCGCCGCCGGAAGCUCUGGACGCGGUGCCGGCAAGUCGGCCGCAAGCGCAGCCGCGGCUGCCCAUGCCAAGGCCAAUGCCCAAGGGGCUGUCGAUGCAAACAGCUCCUCGGCCAGCAAAUCCUCCUCCUCUUCCAACUGGAAACGCCAGUCACGAAAAUUUUCUCCUCAAACUAACUUCGGGCCUUGA